AUGCUCGGCCGGGCGUGUCAGCAGCUCGCGCGUCAGUUCCUGGCUCCGGCCCAAGCAGCUCAAGCAGUCCAGUCUGCCAGCGUCCAUCAUCACAUGGAGGCGAACGACAUGAAGCGAUUCACGGGUGUCACGCGCUCGAACAAGGCGAAAGCCAACCGAAAUACACAUGUGAACGAGAAAAUGUUCAGGAGGGUACGAAAAAUUCUAGUUUUUCACUGUACUUUUGUCCUUUUUUCAGAUGCGCGGCCGAAAAACACUUUUAAUCGAGCUCCCUCACGAUUCUGCGCGGGAACGAGAGUCACAAAUGUCUCCGUCGGAGAUGCGCACAGAAUUGUUGAAGCGUGGCGUGAAUCCGUACAAAGACGCACAACCGAGGGUCUGGAAUGAGGCUCAGAUCACUUUUCAGUCGAUUUGUAAGUGGAAUUUUUGUCUUUUACUUUAAAACUUGCAAAUUUCAGAUGGAAUCGCCGAUCCAUAUGUUCCACCCGAGAAUCCGGCCUCUUUUACGGACGUGAACAACAAAUUCGACGAGGUUAAACAACGAAUGCAGCACAAAUUCUACAAUUGGCGAAUGGGCACGAGUCGGAUUCGAAAGAAGCAGGGAUUCGAAAAGUUCGACAUCAAAACGUUUACUGCGAAAGCGGAGGACAUUUACGUGCAAGCGCACAAGGCCCUGGAAUCGAGGGACCGGCGGGAAAUGCACAAGUACAUCACAGAGUACGCGUUCGCCAAAAUGUGGCCGGACGUCGAGAACGGAUCGGUCCGAUUCGAAUUGUUGGAGGUCUUGGAGCCGAGUCGCGUCGUCGCCGUCCGUUGCUUCGAUAAUCCGCCCAAGUCGGGCAAUGACAUCGCUCAGAUUACGGUCCGAAUGAAUACCAGACAGAAAUUGGCACUGUACGAUAGAUUUGGAGCACUUUUGCUAGGUUGGUACCGGAAAAAUGAUGAAAAUGGCUGCAAAUUUCGCGUUCGCAAUAGUCUGCUUUAUUUUUUGAAAAAUUCCCAUUUUCAGGAUCGGAGAACGAGCCGAAAGACGUGGUGGAGUACGUGGUGUUCGAGAAUCACAUCGCGGUGGUCGACGGAGAAUGGCGCCUGCACGGAAAGAUCUAUCCGCGAUGGAUCGAGCCGAAACAGGGAAUGAGGGGCACGAUGGCGCUGAGCGAGGGCGAGGUGGCCGAUCUGGAGGCGAAGGCGAAAGCGUUGCCGUUGCGAACCACAGAGAAGUUGGAGGAGGCGAAGAAGGAGAAGGAGCAGCAGGAAUAA